CUCCCCUCCCUCCCUCCCUUCACUUCCUGCAGUGGCACUGUUGUGCUGGUGUGUGUGAACAUGGCUACAGCUGGAGCAGCUGGAGACGACCUGAGAAAGGAGCUCACGUGUGCAAUUUGUUUGGACUUCUUCAAAGACCCUGUCAUCUUGAAGUGCGGACAUAAUUUCUGCCGGUUCUGUAUCUGCAUGCACUGGGAUGAAAAUGGCGGAGACUACGGGUACCAGUGCCCUCAGUGCCGCACGGUGUUCAACAAGAGGACUUUCACUAAGAACUACCUUGUGCAGAACCUGGUCUCCAAACUGGAUGAUCUGGAUUGCCUGGGGUCUUGUCCUCCUCCCUCUAAGCCCUUGAAAGUGGACGGGAAGUGUGAGCAACAUGGCGAGGAGCUCAAAUUGUACUGCCAGACUGAUAAGAGGCCCAUCUGUGUUGUCUGCAGGGAGUCUAGAUCACACAGACACCACGAGGUAGCACCAGUGUCCGAAGUUGUGAAUGACAUGAAGAUGGAGCUGAAACUGAGACUAAUGGAGCUCAACUGGCAAAAGUCUCAAUGUGUAAAAGUGAUAUCAUCUGACGAGCGCACCAGAAGUGAAGUCAGGUUGAAGAAGCAGAGACUGAAGGAGAAGAUUGAGGCAGAUGUCGGUGCCCUGGUCCAAUUCCUGCUGGAUGAGAGAGACUCCCUGCUGGAGAGCUUGGAUGCCGAGGAGGUGGCCACGAUGGCUGUCAUAGACGACAAUUUGAAGAUUGUGGAGGAGGAGACUGCAGCUGUGGACAAAUCUAUAGCUAAUAUCCACAGCCACAUCAGUGGGAAAACCAGCUUUGAGAGCCUGGCAGAGACAUUCAAUGAAGUGAUCCACUGCAAGUCUUUCACAUCUCUGGAGCCAGUUAGCUGUCCGACUGAAUUUACUGACUUCUCAGGACCCUUCCAGCUCAUCAUGUGGAAGAAAAUGAUGCAUGUGCUGCAUACAAUGCCUCAGAACCUCACCCUGGACCCCGACACUGCUCACCCAAACCUGUUCAUCUCAGACUUUGACACAAAGGUUGAGGAGGGCCGAGUCCGUAGCCAGGAGCCGGACCUGCCAGCCCGCUUCACCCGUUUCUGUGGCGUCCUCGCCACGGCCCAGUACGCCAGCGGCCAGCACUACUGGGAGGUGGACGUGAAGGACAAAGGUGUGUGGUACCUGGGAGUCACCACCGAGUGCAGCAACAGGAAGGGCUUCGUCAGCCUCACUCCCUCUGCAGGGUACUGGAGCCUGUGCCUGCAGGACCGGCUGUACGCCAACGGAGAAGAUGGUCGCAUCCCUGUUGCCGAUUACUGGAACUCUCCUCGGGUGGGCGUGUACCUGGACUACGACAACGGGCGUCUCAGUUUUUAUGACGCCGUCACGAUGAAGAGACUGUACAUGUUUGACACCUGCUUUGAGGAGCCGGUCUAUCCUUUCUUCAGCCCGGGGAAGAAUGAUCCCGGCAGCAGGCUGCAGAUAUGCCACUAUUACUGAGAGUCGUUUUAAUGUAGUUAACUCUUGUAUGCUGGUGUUUUCAGAUUCCCUCUUAGUGAGGUUUAUUUCACAGAUCAGGCUGGAGUUGACUCUUAGCCAUGUACUGUAUGCAUUUUGAGCUGUUACUUGUUGGUUUCUUGUUGAUAAAAACAGCUGUGGUUGUGAGGAUGAACUUCAUGUGACUGAGAAUUUGAAACUAUCUUUUUCUCCUAGACACACACUGUAGGCUGACACCCCUGGCUGCAGUGGCUGGAGGGGGUUGGAGAGGUGCUUUUGCUGUCUGUAUCACUGUGUCUGCAGGGUUUCAUCAGCUCUUAUCAGAGCAUACACAGCUCUUAGAAACAGCGCUGCCAUUCUACUGUAUCUUAACUCAUAGUUUAAGGUGGAAGGAUGCUGCUGCCAUGCUAUCACAUUGACAGUCAGGACUCCCUCUUUAGGUGUGCAGAACAGUCAGUGCUGAUACUUUAGAGAGUGAUAAUAAGAGCGUUGGUCAAACUUCCAGGGUGGCUUGAUGUGUUCGUUUUUUGGUCGGCUUUUUAAACUCACCUGUACUCAUCCUUUUUGUUCAUUUUUGUACAUUGUUGACAUAUUUGGACAUUCCUCUAUAUAUUGCUUUACUUUGUGCAGCUUAUUUUAUGUGAGCAGUGAUGGGUCAACCAGUUGACACCAUGUUGGUUUUUAAAAGCUAACAUUCAGGAUUCAUAGCCAGGAGCCUGAUGGAUUUAAAUGAAACCUACAGGAUGGCAUUUUAAAGAUCACCCAGCAUAUUUUUUUAGUGAUUCCUGCAUUUUAUUACAAGUUACAAACUGUUGGUCUUAGUGCAGCGUUUUAUCCUGUCAUAUUGAAGUUGUUAAACAAACAUCCCUCUGAGUAGUUUUUAAGUUUCUACCUGUAAUGUGUCUGUAUUGAUUCUGGUUGUACAAAUACAUGUCUCUCUUGCUCUAUUUUUUUCCUUCCAUGGACUUUUUGUUUUUGGACUACAGAGCAACUUCUUGGGUAUUUACAAUCCUCCAGGGUUGAUCAUUUCUUUCUUUUCAAAAGGUCUUAAUGAGGAGCAAAGGAAACACUUUUAACAGCAUGAUAAAUGAGCGGUAUGAUUUGAGACUGGUGAAUUCCAAAUUGCUCCUUUUUGUCAGGUCCCUUUUUUAAAAGUUCAAAGUGUGCUCCCAUGUUACGCUUAAAAACUCAAACUUUGAGUAUUUGCUUCAUGUUUUGUCUGAGUUGUGAUUUUUCAUUUAACUGCCUCCAGAGUUUUAUUUUUUUUUUAACUUUAUUUUUAUUUUUUGCUGACUUUUAUUCUCAUGUUAAGCUUUGCUGUUUUUGAGCUGUGUCUUGACAAUGUAACAAAAAAUAAUCUCGGUAGUCCUACUUCGUGAUCCUUCACCUGCUCUAAAUAUGCUUAGUGUUUCUCGGUCUUAAAAUGAGAUUAAAAGAAGAAAAUCA